AUGUCAUCGAACAUACCGACACGCCGUGUAACGCGGGCAACCCGUACCACUACUGUCCUCCGAGACAAGGAAAAUGCUACAGCGCGAAAUUCACGCGCGACUCGCGCGAAGCCACCAUCAACGGCCAACGCUGUUGAAAAUGCGAAGCCGACUGGUAUCGCUCGGGCGACUUCGUCUACGGCUGCCACUAGAGCAAAGUCGGCAGCUGCUUCUACGCGAGCAGAUCCUGCGGCGCAGGGCAAGCGUAAACGUGAAGCAUUGGGUGAGGUCCCUAAGCCGCCAGAGAACAAGCUCGCCAAACCAGUCAAUGUCGGGCCGGGUCUCACCGCUGUCAAAGGAAAGGAGCGCGUCAAGGAACUUAAGGAGAAGUUUGAGGGGGUCGUGCUUAAGAAGACAACGACGACAACGACGACUACAACCACUGUACGUCAGCCCCUGCGAACCGUUGGCGGCCCUACAGCCAAGCCGUCCUCAACAGCUGCAGGAACAACUCGCCGGACGCGUAGUGCUGCUGCACAACCCUCUCAACAGCAUCAGCUGCCCCAUUUGGAGGAAGAGCUGCAGGAAGAUGUUGACGCGAUGGCGGUGGAUCCGGUUCUUAUCGUUCCUGUUCCUUCCCCAAAACGGUUUGUAGCUGCGCGGGAGGCUGCAGCAGCGGGGCCACCUCCGGUCCGUCUGCGAACGCCCAGGCGGUCUUUUGGGAGAUAUCCCGCGAGGCAAGAGGAGGAGGACGAGGAGGCUCAUCGCGCUUUCAAAAAGCGGCGUACAUCAUCCGAUAUUCCGGACGAAGAGGCUGCAGCCGAGGUAGAGGAUGCUGUUGCGUUAGCGGGACCGCUUGAGGCAGAUCCCAAUGGGAACGAAUGGGAUGACUUGGAUGUCGAAGAUGGUGAUGAUCCUCUUAUGGUCAGUGAGUAUGUCGUCGAAAUCUUUGACUAUCUCAAAGAUGUCGAGCAAACGACGAUGCCGAAUCCGCGGUAUAUGGAGAAUCAAAAGGAUCUUGCAUGGAAAAUGCGAGGAAUUCUUACGGACUGGCUGAUCCAAGUGCAUUCGCGGUUUAGGUUGCUCCCAGAAACGCUGUUCCUAUGCGUUAACAUCAUUGACCGCUUCUUGUCUGCACGUGUUGUCUCGCUUGCGAAGUUGCAACUCGUUGGUGUCACCUGCAUGUUUAUCGCUGCCAAGGUUGAGGAAAUGGUUGCCCCAAGCGCGACAAACUUCCUCUACUGCGCCGAUUCGAGCUAUACCGAGAAUGAUAUCCUCCAGGCUGAGCGCUACGUACUCAAAACGAUUGACUGGAACCUCAGCUACCCUAACCCGAUACAUUUUCUGAGACGGGUCAGUAAAGCGGAUGAUUAUAACGUCCAAGUACGAACGAUAGCCAAAUACCUCCUCGAAAUCCAAUGCCUUGAAUGGCGUCUCAUCGCGGCCCCGCCCUCCCUUCUCGCUGCCGCAGCCAUCUGGCUUGCGCGUAUCAUACUUGGCUAUUCAGAUUGGACGCCUAACCUCGCACAUUACUCAUCGUAUCCAGAGAGUGCUAUCGUUCCCACCGCAAAUUUAAUGCUCAACUAUGUUCUCAAGCCUAUCCCCCACGAGUCGUUCUACAAGAAAUAUGCGUCAAAGAAGUACAUGAAGGCGAGUGUAUUCGUACGACAGUGGGCCUUGGAGCGAUGGAACGAGGGCACUACCAUUUCGCUGGUAGAUAUGCUGCCAGAGCUGAAGGCGCUCAUUCAAGAACAGCGUGCUCAGGAAGAGCGAGCGGCGCUGGAGGGAGCAGUGGCGGCAGAUGCGGAGGGAGACGAGUAUCAAACCGAGCACAAGUUUCAGUACGGAUCGUGA